AUUCAGGUGACCUUCCUCAAUGAGUCAAGUGGAGAGUACUUAUUCUAUAUGGUGACUUUCAAGGCCACGGCUUCAGGACCCAUUGGCACUGUCAAAAUGAGCACUGCUGUUCGGCAGAGAGUGUCCUCCACCGUCAAGGUGGACAACCCUCUGCCUGUCCCAGUGACAUUUGCCACCGACUGCAAAGUGCCUGAUGUCAGCGUUCCCCAGCACUUUACUGUUCCUGCACAGUCGAAGGCGGACCUUGUCUGGGAGUACCAGCCCCUGAAAACGGGUGAGAGCACCGGGCGCCUGGUGCUCCAGAGCAGCGACUUGGGCUCUCUGUCUUAUGACCUGCAGCUGAAAGCCACCUCGAGCAGGCCAGAGAAGCCCUUAUACUUCCGCACCAUGCUGGGCUCCUGUCAGACCAUCACCACCAAAAUAUGGAAUUUUGCCCAGCAGAGGACCGAGUACCUCCUACAGACCGACUGUGCUGACUUCCAGACGCUGAAAUCCAUCAGUGCGGCACCCGCCAGUGCCGAGGGCUCAGAGCUGAGUGUGGAGGUGACCUUCGAGCCCUGCCAGGUGGGCGAAGUCAGGGCCACGCUGCAGCUCAGCUCCACACUGGGCGGGCAGUACCGCAUCCCGCUCAUUGGCCUUGCGCUGCCCCCCGAGCCCCAGGGCCCCUUCCUCAUCCCGGCCGGUGGCACCACCUCCAUCUCCUUCAGGAACGUCUUCCCAAAGGCCACAGCGUUCCAGUAUGCAGUGAAGCACCCGGCCUUCACC